AAUGGCAGAACUCUUUAUGGAAUGUGAAGAAGAAGAGCUAGAACCAUGGCAGAAGAAAGUAAAAGAAGUUGAAGAAGAUGAUGAUGAUGAGCCCAUCUUUGUUGCAGAGAUAGCAAGUUCAAAGCCAGUUAUUUCAACUAUUUUGAACAGAGUUAACUCCAGCACUCAUUCACGAGGAAUAAGGAAUGGUGUACUUAAUCGAGGUUUUACUACUUCAUUCAAGCCUACAAGCCAACGCUACCUGAAUUCAACAUCAAAUUCUGCAGCUGCCUUGCCAGUAAAUUUUCAUCCUGAAUCUAGAUCUUCAGAUAGCUCUGUUAUUGUUCAGCCAUUUUCGAAACAAGGUUAUGUAACAAACUCACCACGAGUUCUAUCUAAUAACUCUUCAGAGUUACUGUUUGAUCUGACCCAGGAUACAGGAUUAUCACAUUGCCAAGGGGGCCCAACACUUUCGAUUACAGGUCUGAAUGAAAGUUCAUUUUCAUCAAAACGUCCUUCUAGUUCUGACAUAAGCAGUGUUAACCCAAAAAAGCCUAAACCCAGUGAAAACAUUUCUGGAACAGAUGCCUCUUCUGUAGUUUCUUCAGAAAAGUCUCCAAUGAUGUCUCUCCAGGUGGUGCCAUCACAAGGUGCAAAUUGCUCAUCAAAUCAAUCUAAAAAUGGAACAACUUUUCCAAGAGCAUGUCCCAAGUGUAAUAUUCACUUCAAUCUUUUGGAUCCUCUGAAAAAUCACAUGACGUAUUGUUGUCCAGACAUGAUAAGUAAAUUUUUGGGACUGACUAAAACAGAAAUUUCAAAUACAGCAAAUGAAGCUAAAACUCUUGAUUCAGAGAAAGGAAAAUUGAUAAUGUUAGUUAAUGACUUUUAUUAUGGGAAACAUGAAGGAGAUGUCCAGGAAGAACAGAAGACUCACACAACCUUUAAAUGCUUCAGUUGCUUGAAAGUUCUCAAAAAUAAUAUUAGGUUUAUGAACCACAUGAAACAUCAUUUGGAACUUGAGAAGCAGAGCAGUGAGAGCUGGGAAAAGCACACCACGUGCCAGCACUGCUACCGCCAGUUCCCCACUCCCUUCCAGCUGCAGUGCCACAUUGAGAGCACGCACACCCCUCAUGAGUUUUCCACCAUUUGUAAAAUCUGUGAGCUGUCAUUUGAAACUGAGCAGAUUCUUUUACAACAUAUGAAGGAUAAUCAUAAACCUGGUGAAAUGCCAUACAUCUGCCAGGUUUGCAGUUACAGAUCAUCAUUAUUUUCUGAUGUAGAAUCUCAUUUUAGAACAUCGCAUGAAAACACUAAGAAUUUGCUAUGUCCAUUCUGCCUCAAAGUUAUUAAAAUUGCCACACCCUAUAUGCAUCAUUACAUGAAGCAUCAGAAAAAGGGAAUACAUCGUUGCACCAAAUGCAGACUGCAGUUUUUGACAUGCAAGGAGAAAAUGGAUCAUAAGACUCAACAUCACCGAACAUUUGUAAAACCCAAACAGCUAGAAGGACUGCCCCCUGGAACAAAACAUCUUUUAGAGUGCCUAAUGCUACAGGUUCUCAGAUGUUUGUUGAAGUUGUUAUUGCUGAGUCUACUCUCAAUGAAGCAAAUUCUGCUGCUGGACAGCAUUGUUACUAUUCGCGCUUCAGUUGGACCCGUUCAGUCAGGAUCUGCAGUCACACCUUCCAUCAGUGCCAGCACUUCCACCCUCCAGCUCUCACCUCCACGGACUGAAAAUAUGACUGCCAAAAAUCCCAUGAAACUGAAUAUAAGUACACCAAACACAGCUGUAUCCGAUCCCAAUAAACCUAAUGAAAGCAAGCCUAGUGGAAAUAAAUCUAAAAACAGGUCAAAAGUCUCUAAUAUGCAGAAGAAACAAAGCACUUUGUCUAAUAGUAAUAGAAAAAGUAAAGUGAAUACAGCAUUGAGGAACUUAAGGUUACGUCGUGGUAUUCAUGAGUGUAUUGAGUGUUCUUCUGAAGUAAAGGAUUUUGCAAACCAUUUUCCUACAUAUGUCCACUGUAGUUUUUGCAGAUACAACACUAGCUGUAGCAAAGCCUAUGUAAAUCAUAUGAUGAGCUUUCAUAGUAACCGUCCAAGUAAAAGAUAUUGUAUAUUUAAGAAGCAUUCAGAAAAUCUCAGGGGCAUUUCUCUAGUGUGCCUUAAUUGUGAUUUCCUAACUGAUGUUUCUGGCUUAGAUAAUAUGGCUACACACUUAAGUCAACAUGAAACUCAUACUUGCCAAGUUAUAAUAGAGAAAGUUUCUGUAUGUAUCCCAACUUCUGACCGUCUUUCUGAAUUAAAAACUGAAGCUCCCACUAAGGGAAAAGAAUCUGUGUCUAAGGAAACAACAAGACGUAAUACAACUGAAGGAGAACCAGGAGCAUCACAUACUAGAAGUAAGCAGGAUAGAGCUCCUUCGUCAGAAGACAGCAGUGGGCGUGAUGCAGGUGUAUGUGAGGCUGCAGGAGCAGCAGCCUGCGACGGAGACGCAGCAGCUGCAGAAUCAGAAGAGGAAAGCGCAGACAACACCCUGAGUCGGGAGUCAGAUAUUGGAGCAGAGAAUGUGGCGGAGAAAGAACACACACAGCACAUCUGUCAGGGGAUGGAGCUGCAGGCGGACCAGAGUUCAGAAAGCACAGAUCCGUGUGCUCAGAGUAAAGAGCACAACCCCAGUGAAACUUCAGAGACAUCAGGGAUUAUUGGCAUUGAUCAGUUUCUGAGGCAAAGAGAUGAACCUGAAUCUGUGAGUUCUGAUGCGAGUGAGCAAGGCAGUGUUCGUUUGGAACCUUUGACACCAUCAGAGGUACUAGAGUACGAAGCCACAGAAAUCCUUCAUAAAGCUGAUGAUCCAUCAGCCAACAACAAUGACACAGUGUCCGAUCAAACAGGUGGCAGUCAUGGAGGAAGUAGCGCUAGCAGAGCGGAGGCAGCAGUAGACCUGACAGAUGGAAAGGAAAGAAGCUGAAGUGAUGUAGUCAUUCCAAGUCUAGUUCCCAACAGAGAGCACCUAGACCAGUGCUGCCCGGUGAGCUCAGCAGUGCCGCGGGAGGGAUCAGCAGUGGGAGACUGAGGAGGUUCUUCAUAUGCUUCGCCUGUGUGUUCAAUCUUAGUAAGCCAGGUUGCCAGUCAUAGCAUGGUUAGUAUGAAUUUGCAAGUUUUUAAAAACCAGAACAGAACUUUAGCAAAAACUAAGUUUGCCAUCCAAAGGUCUCUUAGCACUUUUUGAUGAAAUCUCAUUCAGUGAUAAGAAAGUAAAUAUUAGCUAUGUUAAUCAGACUUGUCAAACUUUCAUUAGUCCAAAACUUAAAUCCCUUAUCACCUGUAUGUAUAUUCCUUUUAGUAAAUUUAAAGGAAAAGAUUUGAAACCAUAUGUUUUUUUAAAAUGCCUAUAAACUUGGUCUAAUUUAAAUCUUUUUUUUUUAAAAAAAAAAAAGGCGGGGUCAUUGUCUGCUCUUCCAGAGGUGUUAAGUUCAAUUCCCAGCAACCCCAUGGUGGCUCACAACCAUCAAUCCUGGGAUCUGAUACCCUCUUCUGGCACACAGGUGUACAUGCAGAUAGAGCACUCAUUAAAUAAAGAAAUCUUUUAAAACAAAAUACUUGUAAACUGCCAAUUAAUUGUUAAUAUCAGUGAAGGCUUUAUUUUUAACAUGAUCCUGGUAAUGAAGCAUGCUUAGAGUGCUAAAUUGACCUGUUGAGAAUUUGGAUGAACAUAAACUUAAGUUUGGAUUUAAUAUAACAUUCCAGUCUGUCAGAAGCAUGCAAACAGAAUUUUAGAAUCUGUGCACCUCCACACAAGUGUUAGCCUGCCAGGCUGUCAGCUUACCUUUAUUAAACUUUCAGUGAAAGUGAGAUUAUGAAAAUAUAAGUUUAUAUUUGUGCUUUUAGUUAGUGUAUAAGCUGUGUAGAACUGCCCCGCCCCAUGGACUAGUUGUAUAAAGUAGAAAUCUGUUACUGAAACUCUUAUAGCUACUGUGCUUUUAAUAUUAUUUCAAUGAUCUUUAGCAGUAGACCCACAAAAAUGGUCUGGAAGCCAAACCAAAGUAUGGUAGAAUGUAGGUGAAAAUCAUUGAACUGAAAACAUGCCUCAGCAUGUAUUCAACCAUGUUUAAGGGACUUUCCUUAAUUGUAAAAGUAGAAACUUCAAAUGGGACCCUAAAAGCAGAGGUUUAAAAAAAAAUGGUUGUGGAAAUUAGGCUAAUUUAUCCCUAAGUCAGCUACUAAAUUGAUUUUUCAGAUAUAGAAAUGAAUAUAACAAACAAUAAUUUGCUUUGAAGUACUAAUAAAAAUUUAUUUUAAAUGCUGUAUUUUUAAUUCUUAAAAUGUGCUUUGAAUUCUUAAACUGUUUCACUGAAUGUUAAAUGUUUUCAACGCCUGUUAAAAUUCUAUUGUAUAUAGUAGUUUUUGAGUAAAUAAAAACCUGUCUUUGAAUAAUUUUAUUUCGGAUCCCUG